AUGGGAGAUGAAGUGGAUCGCAGAUUAAAUGCGGCUUUAGAUGAAGCUGUCGAUGAAUAUUUGGAAGAUACAUACAACGACAUCGUAAAGAAGCAAAAAAAGAAAGAGAGAAAACGUGCAUAUGUCGAAAGAAACCGCGAAGAGGGCCAUACCCGUCUAUGGAAUGACUACUUCAGUGAAAAUCCAACAUUUCCGCCUCAUUUAUUCAGACGCCGUUUCCGCAUGAACAAGGACGUUUUCAUGCGUAUUGUCGAUCGUCUCUCAGAAAAUUAUCCUUUCUUCCAACAAAGAAGAGAUGCUGUCGGAAGAUUAGGUCUAUCUCCACUACAAAAGUGUACGGCAGCUCUUCGUAUGCUUGCUUAUGGCUGUGCGGCUGACGCCGUUGACGAAUACCUCAGACUUGGUGAAAGCACGGCACUUUCAUGUUUAACGAAUUUCACAGAAGGGGUAAUUGAUUUAUUUGGAGAAGAGUAUAUGCGAAGACCCACUCCAGAGGAUCUUCAACGACUGCUCGAUAUUGGAGAGAUUCGCGGCUUCCCGGGAAUGAUAGGAAGCAUCGAUUGUACCUUAAACGAUAUUAACGUCCUCGAUCGAUCUCCUGUUUUUGAUGACAUUUUACAAGGUCGAGCUCCAAGGGUACAAUACCUGGUAAACGGACACCAAUAUGGUUUGCCUUACUACCUCACAGACGGCAUAUAUCCAAGAUGGUCAACAUUUAUCCAAUCUAUCUCAAACCCUCAAAGUCCUGAAGCACAGUUAUUUGCUAAAGUUCAGGAGUCCACCCGAAAAGAUGUGGAGCGUGCUUUCGGAUGGAAAAUGGAUACAGCGGGUGUGAUAUAUCAGAGUUUGAAGAAGGAGAAUCGAGUAGAAGUUCAGAGGUGGAUAUGUCAUAUACUCGCAGGCCUUCAAAUCUCCGAACUAUGCUUGAAAUACGUACUCAAGUUCGUGACCCACAUACGCAUGAACAAUUGA